AUGACAGGUCAUAUGAAGGUCCUUAUGAAAUUCACAAAUGACCCCAUAAUGCUUAUGAUGGACGCAGUAGCUUCGGUACUAGUAAUUUCUAGGAAUUUCAAGGUAUCCAUUGCGGACCGAGCAUCCUGGAGCACAGGAAACCCCUACACCAAACCCGAAGGUGAAGUUUGGUACACCGACGGAUCAAAACUUGAAGAUGGAAAAACUGGAGCUGGUAUAUUUGGCCCGAAUUUUAAAAGAUCGAUACCAAUGGGCCGCUACCCCACCAUUUUCCAAGCAGAGAUUCAUGCGAUCGAUAUCUGUGGCAGAGAAUGCCUCAGAAGAGGCACAUCCUCUAAAAACAUCUGCAUUAUGUCGGACAGUCAGGCUGCCUUGCUAGCACUGAGGUCCCACAUAAUAACAUCCAAACUAGUGUACGACUGCCUCAACACCCUAAACGGUCUUGGAAGCAAGAACACAGUAUUACUGGGCUGGGUGCCGGGGCAUGAGGGCAAUGAACAGGCGGGCCGCCUAGCAAAACACGGAGCUACCACACUGAUCCAUGGCCCGGAACCCUAUUGCGGGCUCACCAAAGCCCACUUAAGGGAGGUCAUAAAAAAGUGGGUCGACAAAAAAUUCGAUAGGCACUGGAGUGAAUGCCCGGGGCAAAGACAAGCUAAGCGGUUCAUCUGUCCAUCACAAGAAGCUUCAAAAAAGCUCAUAAAUCUAGGCAGGGAGGACCUUCGAACUCUCACUUGGUACUUCACGGGACAUUGUUGCCUGCGUUAUCGCCUCAGUAAAAUGAAUCUUUCAGACACGAGCGUCUGUCGCUUCUGUGAGAUGGACGAAGAAACGCCAGAACAUAUCCUUUUUGAAUGUGUUGCUCUCGCUAGACGCAGACUCGCUGACCUAGGUGGUACAACACUUAAUCCAUUCGAAAUAUGGAACAAAAAGUCCACCGAAGUUCAAUCUUAA